GGCGAGGAUCAUGGAAACCUUCCCCCGGCAGCGUUUCUUCACGCCGCGGGAGGUGUCGGUGCACAACCGGCCGUGGGACCUGUGGGUCUCCUAUCUGGGGCGGGUGUACGACCUCAGCCCCCUGUCCGAAGAGUACAGGGGGGACCUCCUCAUGAAGCCCAUCCUGGAAGUAGCAGGGAAAGACAUCAGCCACUGGUUCGACCCCAAGACCAGAGACAUACAGACGCACAUCAAUCCGCUCACGGGCUGCCUCAAGUACUACACACCCCAGGGCCGGUUUGUGCACAUCCCGCCGCCUCUUCCUCGCUCGGACUGGGCCAAUGAUUUUGGGGUGCCCUGGUGGAAAAACCCUCUGUACGAAAUGGGCACCUUGUCUGCGAAAACCCGGAACAUUCGGAUCAUCAACACGCUGACUUCUCAGGAGCAGACCCUCGAGGUCUGUUCAGAAGAAACCAUGUGGGAGAUCUUGAGGCGCUACCUGCCCUACAACGCGCACGCCGCCAGUUACACGUGGAAAUACCACGGCGUCUGCCUGGACAUGAGCAAGACCCUCGAGUAUAACAACGUUCCCGACGAAGACGAGGAGUUCUACCGGCUCAACAUGGACGCCGACGCCUUCACGCCUGCCAUUUUGCUCUACUUCAACGAUGACCUCACUGAGCUGUAGAAACCUGCCUAGUCGUGGGCCUAUUUCCCUCCAGCUGGAAGUCCCCGUUAGGUGCCCCUUCUUCUCCACAGCAGCUGCAGGACACCGAGCUUGUCUUUUAAGGGAAGGCAGCACAUUCGGUCCUUGGGCAAACCCAUUUUCUCUCCAGAACAAGACUUGGUGGGAAGGAAGAUGAUGGGUCCCUAAAACACGAUCUCCUGGUCUUGUGAACCCGGGCUCUCUACUGCAGCCACUAGGUGUCAGUCGUGGCUCAUGGUGCAGCCAUUUUGCCGCUCCGUCGUUCUUCACAUGGUUUUAAAAAAUAAUGGCAUUUUAUUAUCCUGCAGGCCUUGAGCUGGCAAAGCAGCUUUGCUCCCUUUUAUGCGGAGAGGGAGCCACGCAAUUUUAUAUUUGACUUUUCAACGGGUGUCCUCCGGCCUGCGCAUCCUGCUUAACCCUGAAGGAAAUGAAGGAAUCUUGGAGCAAUCAUUUGCACCCGUGUGAGCAAUUUCAAAGGCUUGCUUGGAGGAGUGGCUGGAGGUGGAGGAACGAGGAUCCCUUGGAGGAUAAGUGGGAUAAAAAUAAAUAGCAAAACGUAGGAUGUUUGCGGUGAAGAUGUCAUUGUCCGGUCC